UCCCUCCCUCCCUCCCUCCGUCCGUUCGGCAGCAGCAGCAGCGAGACGACGAGGUAGUUUUGAAGCCGUGGCAUGAAUGAUCUCAUCUGAACCCGAUCUGCGCCUCUUCCCCACAGUCGAUCCUAUGACCGAGACGGGAGUUAAAUAACGCCAUCACAGAGAUCCAACAUGUUCCCGAAGGGCACUAAGCGCAAGUUCUCAGACUCUGGGGAGGAGCCUGCCGGUGGCAAUGAGCAGGGCCAGCCAGGCCCCUCAGCGUUGGGACGCUCACUCUCUUCCGCCUACAGCUUGCAGAGGCAGUCGUUGCUGGACAUGUCGCUGAUCAAGCUGCAGCUGUGCCACAUGCUGGUGGAGCCCAACCUGUGCCGGUCGGUGCUUAUCGCCAACACUGUGCGGCAGAUCCAGGAGGAGAUGACCCAGGACGGCACCUGGCAGAUCAUGACCCAGGCGCUGGCCGCCGCUCAGUGUCCCGCGGACCACCUGGUGGCCACUGAGGUGCUCUGCCGGCAGACUGAUGCAGCAGCGCAGGCCGGCCAGAGCCCCAAGCCCUUCUCGGUGGUGGGGCUGGAGGAUGGGUACCACUCGGAGGAAGUGGUGAUGGAGGGAGAGGGGGAGACAGAGGUCACUAUGUCCACAUUGUCUACUGUCCCUCCCCAGCUGACCUCCUCCUACCUCACUGUCCCCCUUGGAAUGGGACCCUGCUGGGAAGAGGAGGAGGAGGAUGAAGAGGAUGAAGGUGAGUGUGAGGAGGAUGAAGAGGAGGACAGCGAGGAGUGUGUGUCAGAGGGGGAGGAGGGAGACCAGAGUCAUCUAAGUAGGGAGUCCAGGACAGCAGAGCAGGUGUUCGGGACUUUUGAGAUCAAGCAUCCAGCUCCGACCCCCGACCCUGCUCUCGAAGAACUCUUUUCGGACGUGGACCCGUCCUACUAUGACCUCGAUACGGUGCUGACGGGCAUGCAGACCAGCCCUAAGAUGGGGACAUAUGACCUCUUGGAAAGCCUCUCCUCCCAUGCGUCUACACCUCUUAGCUCCAACUCCAGCUGUAGGUCAGACCUUAAUGAACUGGACCACAUCAUGGAGAUCAUAGUAGGCUCCUGAAAACCACAGAAUUCAUUCCCACGGCCUGUACUGAUCUCACAGACUCUCGACAGACUUUGCACAUGUCAGAUGUGCAUGUUCUGUAUGUGGUGUUAUUACAUGGGGAGAGUGUCAGGGAUUUGGUGAACAAGUUGGGAAUUUUUCUCCAUCUACCAGCCAGAUGGUAGUUAAUCUAUGGCUGAUAGAUUGGUCCGCCUCACCGCUUGACACAUUGGCAGGCUUCAACCAUUUUUAUUAUUAUUGAGUAUUAUUAUUGUUGUUAUGAUUACUAUUAUUAUUAUAAAAAUCUAAUUGGCUGGUAAAAUAGUGAAAACUUACCAGUGUAUUUUGGGAGUUACAAGCCACUUUGGUCAGUGGUAGAAACCAUUUAUUUCCAUUGUUUAUGAAAUCCAAAACUCUUUGAUAUCUGUGAGAAGGCAAAGAUAAUUACCAAUACCAUGAUGCAUUUUUUUCCAUCUAGUUCCAUGUUUACUUCUGUCAUACAUUCUGUCAUAUUAGGUCUUUUUGGUCAUUUUUCUGCCACCUUGUCGAUUUGUAUUUAUUGUUACAUGAACUGAGGAACAAAUGAUCACACUACAUGCACCAGAAACCAGAACAAAUUGUAAGUCCUAAUCUACGAAGCAAUGCAUAUUUUCCUAAAGAUUUGAGCAAUUAUGGAUGAAAUAUAUGUAUAUGUACGUAUGUGUGUAUAUAGAAAUAUAUUUUUUGCAUUACACAGCUGGGGGGUUUACAAGUAUCAUUUGAUAUUAUUAUUUUCUCCCCCCUAGUGGUUUUUAAGAUUUUAAUGUAGCCAGACUCAACACAAUGUCUUCCCAUGGAUUGGUAUAUCAAUUAUACUGUAAAGGUGUUCAGGACUGGCAUUGUUACAAACUCAUCGGCACUGUUUUCCUUUAUUUUCAUUUUCUCAAUAGCUUUAUACAGGGUGGGAAAUGACUACCAGCCAUAUGCUGGUAGACCUUGGUAUGGAAGUUGGUAGAUUGGACACAUUUACCACUUCAGCAGGUAAAAUAACCAUCAUUUGGGGGUCUUAUUCUGUUCUAAAACUUUAUUUGAUUGAUGGUGGUGGCCGGUGGGUCUUAUGGCACAUGGGCCACAGUGGUCAGUGGAUAAGUUAGGAGUCAAGUUUCUUACCUGAGCUUAAUGCUCAGAUCUCAUAAAAUAACAGCUUUUACUGAAGCAUUUGGAGAAACCCCGGGAACGAUAAUUCCAUUUAGAAGCCAUAUUUCUUUCGUCAUUUGUAGAAAUACAAAGGAAGAACUCUGUGUUGACCCAUCUAAUUUAUUGCUGUUUUAUUUAUUGUAUUUAUUAGAUAUAGGUACAGACAUUGCCAUAUUGACUUCUCAAAAUCAACUACAAGUCCCAGUGGAACUAUUUUUUUAUUUAUCCAAAUUAUUUCCUCCCGUCUAAAUGCAGUACCUAAUUUAUUCCUCACAUUUUUUUUAACUAUCCUAAUAACCGGGUUACUAUUCAAAUCACUAUGCAGCUCGAUCAUACAAGUUUUAAAAUGAUUGUAUACAGUUCAAAUGUCCUAUUUCCUUUAUGCAAACAGUUGCCUUUUCUCCUAAAGAAGUGUAAAAUUAAAUGCAUUUGCAAAUUUGUUGCUUGUUAUCGCGAUGAAGAGAUUUACUCAGGCAAACGAAUUGUAUUGACAAAAAUACAGUAUUACGACGUGCAUAAUACCUUACCACAAAACUGCUCUGAAGGAUGUCACUCUGGUCUGAACGGGAGCUAGAUUUUCAAAGACUAAUUACCGUUGUAAAAUGUAUGCAUUUUUUAUAUCGAGGAAAAAAACAUUGUAGCAUCUUUGUAAAUAUUUUUUAUAAUAAAAGAUGCAA